AUGACUGCAACUCAUUUCAACAUUAUUAUCUGCGGUGGUGGUAUUGGAGGCAUUGCUGCUUCCAUCGGCUUGAGGAAGAAAGGUCACAAUGUUACUAUUUUAGAAGGUUCAUCAUCUUUAAGUGAAGUUGGUGCUGGUAUCCAAAUGCCUCCCAACUCCGUUCAUGUCCUUAAGGAGUAUGGUAUCUUCGACAAAUUCUUGCCUUACAUUACCAGGCCAAAAAACAUUUGUCUCAGAAGAUAUGACAAUGGUAAGGUUCUCUCCAUGACUCCAUUGGAUCCAGAGAUGACAAAGUCCUAUGGUAACCCAUACGUUUUGAUUCAUCGUGCUGAUUACCAAAGAAUCUUGCACGAAUCUGCACUAGAACUUGGAGUUGAAUACAAACUCAACUCUAGAAUAGCUUCCGUUGACCAAGAAGCAGUUACUGUUACUAUGGUUGAUGGUAAUAUCCACCAAGCUGACAUCAUUGUUGGAGCUGAUGGUAUUCGUUCGAAGGUUAGAGAUAGUGCAGUAGUUACCGAAGAAAAAGUACUACCACUUAAAUGUUCAAACUGUGCCUACAGAGCUACUAUUCCAAGGGAAGUAAUGUUGUCUGACCCAGAAAUUGCUCAUCUUAUGACUGAUGUCAACUCCAACUGCUGGAUAGGUUACAGACGACACAUUAUGGCAUACCCAAUAAGAAAUGGAGAGCUAUACAAUAUGGUGUUGUGUCAUCCUGGUGAAGCCUCUGUUGGUGUCUGGAAUGAACCUGGCGAUGUAGAAGAAAUGAGACACCACUACAGAAACUUCGAUCCCAUUGUUGUUAGACUUUUAUCAAAGGUUCAAUCUGUUCUCAAGUGGGUUCUUGCCGAUUUGCCUAUGCUUCCACGUUAUGUCAGUGAGAGCGGCAAAGUCGUUUUGAUUGGAGAUGCAGCUCAUGCUAUGUUGCCAUAUUUGGCUCAAGGGGCUGCUCAAGCUAUUGAAGACGGCGCUACCUUGGCAGACGAAAUCAACAUGUGCAAGUCCAGCAGCGACAUCCCAGCUGCUCUUAAAAACUACCAAAAGAGAAGAAAGAGAAGAGUUGAGGCUGUUCAAGCAGGUGCUCACAAAAAUGGUCACGUCUGGCACUUACCAGAUGGUGAAGAGCAAGAAGAAAGAGAUACUAAAAUGAUGAAGAGAGAUGAUAAUAACCCAGAUCAAUGGUCUGAUAUUGAAUACCAACGCUGGCUCUUUGGAUGGAACGCUUUUAUUGAUUAG